CUACUGUGUAGGUAGUGAAAGUUAACAAUGUACAACAGGGCGAGAAUUUGAUAAUCACGUUACUGUCUUACCAUUGUCACCCUCCUGUUGUCGUCUGAGAUAAAUGAUUUUGAAAUCUAUGUAUUGAGGAUACGCUGCCAGCUUUCUGUAUGAGGCUGGUGGCUUUUGUUAACUUUUUAUUGAUGAUUUGGAAUAAUACUAUGAACAUAUCUCAAAAGUUUUCAAGACUAUUUAAAACACUUGGAAAAUUAUCAUAUCGUCAAGUUAACACAUUAUCAGAUGAUAUAAAUCAGGUAGUUCUGUUAGGUAAAGUGACUUUUUUACAUUUGGGCGAAAGCGCUAAUGGUAAAAAUGUUUAUGCAUCUAUUGGAUUAGUAACGAAAAAUAAUUAUAUGACUACGAAUGGAUAUUCAUCUACCUUAGCUUUUCAUAAUGUGUUUGUUUUCAAGCAAUCCUUUGUGGAUAAAGUUAAACAUUUAACUAAAGGUGAUCGAUUAUGUGUUAUUGGUCAAUUGAACUCUUAUUCUAAUCCUAAUGGUUAUUGGCGUUCUAGUGUUACAGCUGAAAUAGUGAGUCCACUUAUUGGAUUAUCAUCAGUUGAUACCAAUGAUGAUAUACAAGCUGAAAAAGUUGAAGAAGACGAAGAGAUUUUAACAGAUGAAAUGAAUGAUAAAUUUGAUGCUGAAAAAUAAUACACUUCAGUAUAUGUAUAUAUAUAUCAUAGAUUUGUACAAUAUCUUGUGUGUAAUAAUAAGAAAUUCCAAACAGAAUAAAUUUAUCUUAUCUGUAUAGUAUAAUAGCCUGAAAAUGUCAAAUUAUUCUAAGCAUAGAUGGGUGAUGGUUAUCAGUGGAAUCUAAGAUGCGCGUUUCAUCUUACUUUGAACUCUUCAGCUAAAUGCGUCUGCAUUUCAAAGUUGGUGUUCACUCAAGAACUCGUAACCAGUAUCGCUCGUUUUAAACAUCAUCUCUUUAUCUAAUUAGUUACUACUCUAUUGGACAAGCUAGUGGUUAUCUGGACUCAAUAGCUAAGUGGAUAAUACUAUGGCUAACAUACGAUUAGCAGGUAACAAUAGCUUCCUCAACAGAAUAGAUCCGGUUGGUUAAGUACAUGAAGUUCCGAAUAAAUUGAAGGGGUUCUAAGCGUUCUUAAAAACGUUAUUAUUACAUUAUAUUUACUGAAUGAAUAUCGUCCAUAUUGUCGAUUUAGACUCUCCUCACAGAAGAAAAUAUAGGCCAAAUACGAACAGGGAUGAGUAAGCCAUAAACAUUAAGCUGUAUAUUCGUCUACAUGUCCUGUCGUUUCAAAUAUAUCAAUCAAAACUUUUUAACUGAUAAGUCUGGUACUCGAACGCUUGAUAAUGACUUUCUAACCACUGUCAAAUUUCUCAGGGUGACUAUAAUUUAUGGAUGAUCUUUGAGUGACUCUAAAGUGAUCUUGAAAGUGUCCACCUACUACCUAGGAACAAAUGAAGUUUAGAAACCAGUGUGAUUUGGGGUUUUCAUCACGAACUGACAUAAUCUAAAAUGAUAGUUAGCUGAAUGAAUUUCGUACUGAAAUCCAAGACAUGUUAUCCUAAGUCUGAUUGGUUCGUCUACAGAUUGUAGUCUCGUAGGCAAGAAUUUUUAUAGGUUCGUGAGUGACCUUGUCAUUCUGUUAGCUUCUUGGAACAUGCUGUUGUGUUUCUGGAGCUUUUGAGGAGUUUUCAUUAAAUGCUGUUUGUUGGGAAUGUAGUGAAUGAGAACAACAGUAAGGAUAACUGAAUGUAUUUGAAUACAGAAUUAGUAAAAUCUAAGAACUAUACAAUAAAUACUUCAUUUCAAAGUGUCAACCAAUCGUCUUAGAUUUGAUUGUUCCUUCGUUUCCACACUAAUCAUCCUCUGUUCUCGUUCUAUUUUCUUCGAUCCUCUUAACCUUCUGUCUCCAGUCAUUUAACUUUCGAUUGACGAUACAUACUACUUAUAUCUGUCUACAUCAGUAGCGCACCACAGUGAAAUGUGUCUUUAUUCACUCCAACCAGUUUUGAAACUAAAUUAUAAUUAAAAUCAGUUACACAAUUCACGAACGAUCGUCUUUCAUCAUUACUUGGAAUGUCUUUUCAAGGAAACUGUAAUCAUUAAAGAUUACGACAAAUAAAUCUGAAUGAGUAUUAGUUAAUAUGGUAAACAAACGCCUGGAUGAAAUGUUUCUUCUCAUAAUCAGUGUUGUGUGACUUAAUAAAUUUGUAUACUUUCUUCGACAGAUAAAUGGAAGGUGUAUUAGGAUUCCUUGAUAUAUUCCAAACUAAGGCUAUUAUUGACAAAAGUCGAAAAUUCUGGCAUAUAUAUCUAUAAGUUAAUUACUUACGCCUGUUAACCCUCGUCAAGGAGCAUAGGCCAACCACCGCAAUUCUCCAUCCAAC